AUGUCAUACGCAGGCUCAAGCAGCAAGGCCUCUUCUUCCCUCAAUCCACUUCCACGGCCGAACCGCACCGCGGGCUUGUCCGCCUACUCCAGCCAUGCAGGGGUCGCAGCUCACGACGAUGGCGAAGUCGCCUUUGCUGAGCUCCAGAUGCUCUCGCAGAACCAGCGAAAGCUCGCCACGCUCACGGGUCGCAUGACUACCAUCCUUUCGGGGUUCGACAAACGCCUGAUCAAACUCGAAGGCAGCAUCUUGCCCAUCCACAAGGGCACACAGAAGCUCGCACGGAUGUCGGACAACAUCGAUCUGACCUUGUCCGCCCUCAACAAGACACUCGGCCACUACGACGUCGUCAUCGACGAGCAGCCGCUGCUCAAGAAGGGUCCGGAUGUGAGAAAUACACGGCCCUACAUGGAUACCAUCGACCGUGUCAUCAAGGGUCUAGACUACCUGCAGAAGUCCAACCUCAAGAGCCAAGAGGGUGUGAUGAAGCGUACCCACGACCUCAUCGAGCUCGGUGCUCGGAACCUCUGCAACGUCAUCUCGGACUGGGUUCGUGCGGAUUCCGAGGCCGUCGACCUGGCUGAGUACAGUCGCAACGCUCAUUACCCAGUCCUCUCUGAGGCGACGCACAACGCCAUCGUACCCAUCCUCAAUUACCUGUCGACGCUUCCACGGCAUCCACGUACCGGCUUUGCGCCCAUGUCGGCUGGUUUGGCCGCUUAUGCAAGUGUAAGGAGCGACUACCUCCAGCAUUGCCUUGCUCCUUUAGCUGCCACCUUGCAGCAGUAUGCGCUCGAGAAGAUCGGGGCUGGGGUCAGCGGUGCAGGCAUGGUCAUGGUCACCCACGACGACGACCUCGAUCAUAACACGAACUAUCGUCGAGGACAAGCUGGAGCCGUCGAGCUCUUCGAGGCCUACUACGGCAUGCUCGACAAUGAGUAUCGCAUCUUGCAGGGCCUUCUCACCUCGGCGGAGCUCGAUAAGCAGACACUGUUGCUGGCAUCCACCUUCUCGCAGCUCGUUUCGCAGUCUCUGACCAGUCUGAUCGAAUCGCUUGGCACGAUGCAGUCGCACGUGCGCAGGCACCUGGCCACCCACACUUCUUUCCUGCUCGACCUCAUCGGCGCUCUGUCCGGCGUCAUAUUGACUGGUCGCUGGGAUGUACUUCUCCGCGCCAUGGAGGACUCACCAGAAGAACCGCUGCAUAGCACCUCUCCCAUCGACAAGGCAGAACUCGAUCUCAAUGCUGGGUUUGCGCCCGCAGCCGAGCUCCUCGAGAUCUACAGCAAGUUCAAGAACACCGCAAUUGGUAUCUUUCCGCGCUUCAUCGAGGAUGUCAAGGCUAUCCCUGCGCGCAAAGUCGCAGAAGUUCCCAGCACGUCGGUCAACGAGAUCACCUACCUUGGGCUCCAGUUCAUGCGGCAGAUUACCGAAUAUAGCGACGUGGUAUCGCCACUCUUGCAUACUUUGGGUAACGGCAACUGGAUGAUGUCGAGCGGUGUCGCGCCCGUCCUCUCUCUAGGUCUUGAUAGCGACGCGAGCAAGCAGAGCAUCGUCGGGGACUAUCUCAAUGACGUGGUCGCGGUAGUGCUGACCUCGCUCGAGGCUCGCUCCCGUGCCAUCCGACAGCCGUCCACCGCAUCUGUCUUCUUGCUCAACAACAUCGGCCACCUCCGAAGCAUCCUCUCUGCACCUCUGCCGAGCUACCUCGGUGCAGCCGAAGACGGCAGUAGCGUCUCGAUUGUCUCGCUUCACCUGGGUGAGAUGGGCGACGACCUGCUCGGCACGGCUUUGCGCCAAGCGAACACGGCGUACCUCGACGCGUGGUCUCCCGUCGUAGCUCCACUCAUGGAGGAUCAACCGCUCAACGCGACUACGCACUACCAUCGUCAUGCGACGUCGAAGCUCAUCGGUGUUGGGUCGGGAUCCGAGAAGAACCAGAUCAAGGAUCGGUUCGCCAAGUUUUACGAGGCGUUGGACGAUUUGGAGCGUCUGCAUCGUGCGUAUCCGGUCAGCAAGGAGGAUCACGAACUGAAAGAUAGGUUGAGGAGGGAUGUCGCGCGGCUUGUUUGUCCAAUGUAUGGACGGUUUGUCGCGAAACACAAGGCGAGCGAUUUCACGAAGAAUCCGAGCAAACACAUUAGGAUGACAGAGCAGGAGGUUGAGGAUAAGAUUGCUGGUCUCUUCAGGUGA